GGGCACUCUGAAUUCCAAGCCGACCGGACCAGGAAAGGCAGGGUUUCCGCCACGCCGGAGUGCAUCGCGGUCACCUGUAUGCUUCAUGUACGGCUCCCGCUCUCGACCUCUCAGAAGGCACCGUCGAGCCCCGGCUGUGGCGUUUUCGUCCUAUGAGAUCGUGCCCAGUCAUCAAUUGGCAGCACAAGUCUGGUUUGACUGCAUCUCCUAAUUCCACUCGAGCCCUGAUGUUACAUUCCGCCGUCCCACACACAUCAUUCGCCUCUGCUCUGCCAGUUCAUUCUCGAAACCCGUCGGCCAACAUCGACGGGAGAUGGGAAUUUGCGGACAGCCUGCAAUACUACCAGCGUGCAGGAGUUCGGCGCGGCUUUGAUGCGUUGUCUCGCUGCUGUCCCGGCCCUUGCAUCCCAUCCUCUUUGGCUGAAAUCAUAGGCUUGGACUCUCCGUCAAGGAUGGCAAGAUGGACCGUUCGGCGUGGCCCUUCACUGCCCUACUCCUCUGGGCAACAGCCUCUCUUCCCGCCUGCUGGAGUUAUCCCGUCGAGUUCGUUUCCUGCCGACCUCUCUGACGCAAUGGGCGCUUUCUGCACGCUCGGCACCCCUUGGCGUACGAAACGGAGGGGACCCAAGAGCCGGCAGUUCCUUGUCAGCCAUGGAGAGGGCCUUGUUGACGGGCCAAACGCUAGCUUCCACCUCGGCGGGCCCCCAAGCUUCCGGUUCUAUCCAUCAGUGGCCCAAUGACCGCCGGCUGAUGGAGCCAGUCGGAGAGACUCUAGCUGGAUCGACAAAGGCAUCUGGCCCCUUACCUUCGCCCGUCCGCUCGUCAUCCCCCUUCCCCGCCUCGACCCCCCCGUUGCCCUUCGUCAUUCCAUUCCAUGCAAAAGUAUUCAACCUGCUAAGAUAACGUAGGAUGCAUACAGGGUGUAUAAGCAAAGGAGGAAAGACUGCUUGCUGUUGGGCGGGCAUCGGCACCUGCCUGGCCAUGAUCGUCUUCCACAACAGGCAUCCCCUUCCAACCUAACUUGUACGGAGCGUCGGUGGGAUGAGCAACACACGAGUGGCCAAAAAGUACGAGCAAUGCUAGCUUCCCCGGCAAACCGGUCACAUUGUUCUUGCCGGAACACCGGG